GAAAGUGAGCGCUGUUUUUACCCGGACGUUUAAUCAGGAGACACAGCGGUUCUCAAGGAGUGAAACAAAAAUGUCCAAAUCCUUUCAUGUGCUGUGCAUGGAUGUUGGAUUUUCCAUGUCCAACUCGUUCCCGGGUGAAGAGUCUCCAUUCGAACUCGCCAAACAAGUUGUUCAGAAGUUUGUCCAACGUCAGGUGUUUGCCGAGGUCAAAGACGAAUUGGCUUUGGUUCUGUUUGGAACAGAGUCCACCAAGAACCCACUGGCUCAAGAUGGCCAGUACCAGAACAUCACUGUGCACCGCAACCUAAUGGUACCUGACUUUGAGCUCUUGGAGGAAAUCGAGAAUCAGGUCCACCCGGAGAAUCAACAGGCCGACUGGUUGGACGCCCUUGUGGUUUGCAUGGAUCUUCUUCAAACAGGAAUAAAGGAAAAACGUUCUGAUCAACUUAACAUCUAUUUACUGACUGACCUCAGUGUUGAAGCGAAUUCGGAGCAGGUGGAUGUCAUUGUUGAAAACCUGAAGAAAGCGAACAUAACACUUCAGUUCUUUUUGCCCUUCCCUGCUGAAGAUGAAUCAAUGGAUGAAGCAGGCGAUGCGAGCAGAGGAGGACCGGGCGCACCUGGCUCGGGCAAAGGCCUGUCCGGGCAACAGAGGACUGGACUGGAGAUGGUCAAACACAUCAUGGACUGCUUGGAUGAGCAGGAUGGUCUUGAUCAGAUUUACACACUCAGGAAUGCCAUUGAGGGCCUGUGUAUGUUCAAGCAAAUCGAGAGAAGACCCACGGCGUGGCCCUGUCAGCUGACCAUCGGUAGCGCUCUGUCCAUCCGCAUCGUUGGCUUCAAAGCUGUGACCGAAGAGAAACUGAAGAAAAUGUGGGUUACGGUAGACGCUCAAAGCCACGAGAGAGAGCACGUGAAGAAAGAGACCGUCUUCUGUCUGGAUGAUGACAAUGAGACGGAGGUGCAGAAGGACGACAUCAUCCAAGGUUUUUGCUACGGGAGUGAUAUUGUUCCUUUCUCCAAAGUGGAUCAAGAGCAGAUGAAAUACAAACACGACGGGAAGUGUUUUGCUGUUUUAGGCUUUACUAACCAAAACCUGGUUCUUCGCCACUCCUUCAUGGGAACUCAGGCCAUCAAGAUUUUUGCUCCAGGCAACGACGAGCACGCAGGGGUGGCGCUAUCCGCUCUCGUCCGGGCGCUGGAUGAGCUCAAAAUGGUGGCCAUUGUUCGUUACGCCUACGACCGGCGAUGCAACCCUCAAAUAGGAGCAGCUUUCCCUUGCAUCAAGCUGAACUAUGAGUGUCUUAUAUACGUCCAACUGCCCUUCAUGGAAGACCUCCGACACUACACAUAUGCUUCUCUGAACAGCAAAAAAUUCAGCCCCUCGGACUCACAGCUACAGGCUGUUGACUCUCUCAUUGACUCCAUGAUGUUGGUGGACAAAGAUGAAGAUGGAGAACUCAAGGACUUGGUUAAAGUACACCACAUUCCCAAUCCAGAGUUCCAGCGGCUUUUCCAGUGCCUGCAUCAUCGAGCUGUCAGCCCUGGCACGGCCCUCCCCCCAAUGGAGCCGUGGCUUAAAGCUGUACUGGACCGCCCCGAUGUCAUCAAGGAGCGUUGUCAAGCGCCAUUAGAGGAGGUGAAGAAAAUGUUUCCUCUCAAGGUGGUGGAGAAGAAGAAGAUGCUGAAGACCAGCGCUCAGCUCUUUGGAAGAGACUCUGAACAGCCCGAUGCCAAGAAGGCAAAGGGAGACACUGCAGAGGAGGCAGAGGAGGAGGAGUAUAAUCUGGCUGACAUUUCUGAAGGCUCUGUGACUUCGGUCGGAAGUGUUAAUCCCGCUCGUGAUUUCCGCAUCCUGAUCAAACAAAAAACGCUAACCUUCGAAGAGGCCUGCGAGCAGCUGACUCACAGGAUAGAGCAGUUGCUAGGCAACAAGAACACACAGUACUAUAUGAAAAGCAUCACCUGUAUCCAGGCCUUCAGAGAGGAGUCUGUAAAGCUGGGCAAGGCCGAUCUCUACAAUAGCUACCUCCGGUUGCUGAAAGGAAGCAUCCCAAGUAGGGGGUUGGAAGUCUUCUGGGACCUGCUUGUUCAAGGCUCCAUUUCGCUUAUUGGCCAAGACGAGGUGGAAGGAAGCUCCGUCUCCAAAAAUGAAGUCGCUCAGUUUCUACUGCCUGACGAGAAAGAAGAAGAGCCAGCCGCGACAAUGGCAGAUGACACUGGAGAUGUUGACGACUUGCUGGACAACAUGUAAGAAAGAAGGCAAUGGGAGCGUCUACGGGGAAAAAUGCGAAGUAUGCGUCGUUGGGUCCAUCUGUCCAUUGUUCUGUCUCCCACAUGGAGCCUGUUGGGUAGCUGGGAGGAAUACUGUAUCGGACAAGACUUUAUCCUGAUUAUAAUUUUUUGUGGGGGUCUGAAAACUGCAGCUGGGACUUGAUAAAAGACAGGACACUGUAUGUUUAUCUUAAAUCAGAUUUAUUGUGUGUAUAAUGGACUUAGCUACAGUUACACACUGUACAGUGCACCAGGAGAUGUGGUAUGUUUGAAUGUCAGAUUAAUUAAUAUUAGUAGCACCAG